AGCCAAUCCCAGCGCCGUAGGGGCGGGGCAUGUCCGAAUACGGGUGUGGGGACGAAUCAACGCCGCCGCGGUUCCAACCGGCAUCUUUUUCACUCCGCUCACAUCAUCCGCCCCCUGUUAAGAAGAGACCUCGCUUCUCGGUCGCUGAGCUGUCAAGCCGGGCAACUCGGUCGUUUUCUAUCAUUUUAUUUGUCGCUUUUCAUGUCGCGGGAUCCGAGCGCGUCGGACGGCGUCACGAACUCGAAACGGAAAAUAAACCAGAUGAUUACGGAGACGGAGAUACACGUGCCCGUGGGCUCGCCGGUCAUCAGAAAAUUCCCGAUAUACGUCGACGAGCACAACGUCGUGGACGGGGCGAUGAGACUGAUCAGAGAGCUGCGGCCGAACUGGGACGUGAACCUUGUGAAGACCAAGCUUUUCACAGACGGAACGACUAACAAGCUGGUGGGCUGCUAUGUGGAGGACAGUCCGGAGGAUGUGGUGCUGGUGAGGGUCUACGGCAACAAGACAGAGCUGAUUGUGGAUCGUGACAACGAGCUGAAGAGCUUCCAGGUGCUGCACGCUAACGGCUGCGCCCCCCGCCUGUACUGCACCUUCAACAAUGGAAUCUGCUACGAGUUCAUGCAGGGAGACGCCCUCGGCACCCAAGACGUCAGGGACCCCGUGCUGCUCAGACUUAUUGCCGCAGAGAUGGCGCGUAUCCAUGCCAUCCACGCCCACAACGGCUGCAUCCCUAAACCCAACCUGUGGAUCAAGAUGCGCAAGUACUUCUCCUUAGUGGCCACGGAGUUCACCGACCAAGCUUCCAAUGCCAGAAUCCGUCAGGAAGUCCCCAGUAAGGAAGUGCUGGAACAGGAAAUGACGUGGAUGAAGGAACACCUGUCUCAGCUGGGCUCUCCAGUGGUGCUCUGUCACAACGACCUGCUCUGCAAGAACAUCAUUCACAACGUAAAGGAAGGCCACGUGCGAUUCAUAGAUUAUGAGUACUCAAGCUACAACUACCAGGCAUUUGACAUUGGGAACCACUUCAAUGAGUUUGCAGGGAUGAGUGAACUGGACUACAGUUUGUACCCCAGUAGGGAGAUGCAGAUGGAUUGGCUGCAAACCUACCUGAAGGCCUAUAAACUCUUCAGUAAGAAAGGCGAGGAGGUGAGCCAGCGUGAGAUAGAAACGCUCUACGUGCAGGUCAACAAGUUUUCUCUGGCGUCACAUUUCUUCUGGGGUUUCUGGGCUCUCAUCCAGGCCAAAUACUCCUCCAUUGACUUUGACUUCCUUGGUUAUGCUGUGCUGCGCUUCAAUCAGUACUUCAAGACCAAGCCCAUGGUAAUGGCCCUCAAGAUCCCAGAGUGAGGAGAGUAGAGCAGUGGCGCUUCCCUGCUCACUGUCCUCUGACCCUGGAAGUAGAAGCACUCUUUCCGGCUUGGUUUAGGUGCGGGGUACCGCAAGGGUGGGUACUAGGGUGAGUCGAGUUUAAGUCAGGCCACGUCUCUCAACCCCACUGACAAAAAAAGCCAAUCCCCUUUUUUUUUAUAUAUCUUCCUGACAAACUCGAUCCACCGUGGUGUCUUCACUUCCAGUCGAUCAAGAUUCCAUCAGAAGAUUAGGCACUUUUGCGUUUUGUUUCUUAUUACAGCGUAUUUAUUUCUGUUUCCCUGUUUUUUAUUUAUUAUAGAAAGCAGUUGCCCAAAUGUGAACAUUUCUUCCCAGCAAAAGCAGCCUAUGACAAAGCAAAUGUACAGUAGAUUCUAUGCAUUUAGGAUUUGAGACUGCCGUGGGCCUUUGCAGUGCGUGUGCCUGGGAAACAUUUUAAAGGUGGUUUGCAGUGAAGGGACUGUACUGGCAACUGCGUUUGAGCCAAAUAGAAUCCGACCUGUUAACUCGUUGUAAUAUCAAAUCUCUGCUGCCUAGAAAAAAGAACCAAAAAUGAGCCAGCAGACCUGAAGUAGUGCUUCUGGGAGUAGGGAGGCCAAGCUGGCCAGGCUGGUCGACUGACCGUGAAAUUCUUUUUAUUUUUUUCAUUUUUAAACGACGUUCCAUAACAUUCCUGAGACGUUAGGGCCACGGGGGCCAUUCACCCUCCACUGUCCGAGGACCAGGCUUUUUCUGCCUUUUAGACUUUUAUGGUAAUUAGUAGCUCUGUUGAAUUUUCCAUUCAUCACAGGUGGUGGAAAAUCCCAGCCGCCCUCACCUUUUGCCCUUGCAUCACCUGGCGAGGAACGUACCGGGAAACUGAAAAGCUUCAUCCGUUUGACGUCCACAGUGCUUAACACUCUUGGCACUCUCUUCUAAUAUCUAAGCCCUCCCCAAAAAGUGUCAUCUGCCCAGCGGUUUCCCGAAAAACAGGAAAAAAAGACUGAAAUUAUGUAAAGAUGUUGCAUAAGUUGAUUCAGGUCGGCAGAUGUUGAGGCUGCAUGUUGGCUCGUCUUUCUCAAGCAUUAAAUUCUAGAUUACUGUUUCUGUGGCAUCGGAGACGAAUGAGGCUCUCAAAUUUGACCCCCCCCCCUUAAACCGAUAUGGCCUGGUGUGAGAAGGUCAUCCAAAUUCUGAUUGGUGAGUCGCAUCAGGUUUAAAGUGGUCUUCCUCUUUGGAGCCCUCCGGUCAACUUGAAACUCGACUAAUAUUAGUAAUCAUAACUAACUGUCUCGUUAUGUGAGGCUUCUGGUCUCACACAAGACGCCUUUAAGUACCUUAUAUUAAUCGUUCUGUUGUUGAAUUUUUCACUAACCCCUGUUUUUUCACAUAUCACUUCAAAGCCGCUCCACUUCCCCACUGAUUAGAACAUUCCAUUAUGUACUCGCUCCACAAUUUCGGCUUCGUCUAAGUCAAUUGUUUUGGAGCGAUUCCUAAAACAUCAUCAUCUGUGUGAGAUAUCUGUGGUAGUUUGACCGGGAAAUGCACAAAUGUAAUUUAUCCUGAUCAAAUGUCGGCAUGCGUCAAUCAAAUCAAUGUUAAUCCUUGUUUUGCACCCCGCCCUCCCUCCCCCUGCCCGCAUGUUGGAAGUGGUUUAGAGUCUGUAGUCUGUACUGUUUCACAUUGCAACCUUUUGCUUUAGGCAGUUUCUCCAACCCAAGUGUCCUUCUCACUGGAGGCCAGUUCAAACCUUGAUCCUAAUGUAGUCCAGUGGCAUUUGCAAAGGUAUAUGAAGGCAUUGAAAUUGGUUUCGAAGUCUGUAGGUACGCAUUGAAGGCUCUAGGCUCAAGCUAGCCUCACACUGCUGCUCAGGUGCACCCAGGCUGACGUAGGUUAAUGGUUGAUGAUGUUAGUUAAUAAUGAAACAGCCAGAGCUCCAGGCAAUAACUGGAACCAAGAGGCCCCUCGAAAACACCAUGAAUAAUUUUGUAGCCAGUGAGUCGCUAAUGAUCCCUAACAACCUGAUGACGCGUCGCAGACAGAGUUUAGUCUGGCUCUCCGGCUUCUUCCUCUUCUCUGUGCUUCUGUCCCAAAAAGCCCAUUUUAAGAUUGGGUUGAAGCUUUGCGGUCUGACUGAGAUGGAAUUUCUCGAGUGAGUUCAGCUUGAGCCGUAAGAAAAACACAGUGGCAUUGCUUAAGUGUUUCUUGUAGAUGUACAUAUGUGAAUGUGGCCCAUGAAGAUGCGAAAUCUCCCAGGGAAGUUACUGAAGGAGUGGGAAGGACGUGAAUGAAAGGCGGCCGACAGUGAAUGAAGGCUAGUGGGGACCAGUUAGCACGAUUAUGAUGGACACCUUCUAGCUUUCAUUCAUUACCGUCAUCGUUAGAACGUUGGGUGGUUUUUCUCUACUGGGGGAAUCUAGUAGCUCCCAGAGGAACCAACAAUGAAGGUGUGCCAACCAGCAAAUGAAGGUGUAGUUGGACACCAAGUCAUGGCUGUUUCAUUAGUUCAUUGGGUUACAGUUCUGCAGCUCAUAAUACAGAAAGCUAUGCUUGGCUUUUCUAAGUAGGGGUGGGUAAUAUGGCGAACGUGCGUCACAGUACUUACGAUAUGCAUCUUCAUUUUUCUGAGGUUUGGUAAGUUGGAGCAGACCGUGAAGAGCUCUAAGGGGAGAGCAGGCGCACACAAACACAGCGAAAUGUUACAUGGAUAUUUUGUUAAACGAGUUCAAGCGAAACGUGGUUUCAGUCGUUUUCUCGUAUUUCCAUUACAGCACCAACUGGGAAUUUUGACGCCAGUUGAACGGAUGUUUAUGGAAGUCCAGAGAGGCCAUGAGGUAGUUAUACAUUUCUGGAGAGUUAUCUUGAGAUAUCUUGUUGAGAACAAGCAAACGUUCUUGUUUUGAGAAUGAGUUAAGUAUCUUCUUUCAGUAUCACAAGUAUCUCAGGAUAACAGUUUUGAAAAUUAUAGCAACAGCUCAUGAGGUAGUUAUAAUUUUCUGCAGUGUUAUCUUGAGAUAAUGAGUUAAUAAUUGUUGUAUUGCAAUAACAAAGUUGUAAUCUUGAAAUAACAAGUUAACUUUGUUUUGAGAAAAUGAGUUUAGUAUCUUUUAUCUGUAUCACAAGAUAAUUAACUUAUCUCAAGAUAACAGCUUUGAGAAUUAUAGCAACAGCUCAUGAGGCAGUUAUAAUUUUCGAGAUUGUUGUUUAGAGAUGACCAGUUAAGUAUCUUGUUAUCUCAAGUUAACAAAAUUGUUAAAAUUGUUCAAAUUAACUCGUUAUCUCAAGAUAACAAUUUAGGAAAUUAUAGCAACAGUUCAUGGCCUCUCCUACGGAAGUUCAGAGGGGGCAAGAGGUGGUUUUCAUUUUCUGGAUGGUCCUAAAAUUGUUAUCUUGAAAUAACAAGUUACUUAUCUCAAGACAACAAGUUAAUUAUCUUGGGAUCUCAAGAUAAUGAUGUUAUCUUGGAAUACAGAGUUCCUUAUCUUGUUAUCUCAAGAUAAUAAUCCAGAAAAUUGUAGCAACUGCUCAUGGCGUCUACAGACUUCAGUAGAUAGUACAAUAAAAGUUCGUUUUUCAUCCGAAGUGUUGAUUUGAUUUGAUUUGAUUACUAAAUUGUGUUUCAAAUUCACAUCUAUAUUAUUUUACCCACCGUUUGAUGGCUGCACCACUUUGAAGCUCCACAUGGCGUAGUUAGUUUCAACACCGUGCUACAACUAAACCUCCUGAAGUAUAGAAACGGUCGUAUAGAAAGUCUGAGUCAUGUUCUAGAAGUUUCUAUGAUGUGAUCUAGAUCUGUAUUAAUACUAGAUCAUAAUCAAAGCUGUGCUCUAGAUAUUUUAAAAAUAUUCCCGUUUCAUUGUGCUAAUCUGCGCUCCUGCUUUAUGGUAAGGAUGAAAGUGUUGCUCAGAUAUUUUUGAAACCAUCAAAGAAGCAGCUGCGUUAGGUUGUGCCUCCGCAGGUCCGCUCUCAUAUUAAAUACUGUCAAAACAUAUAAAUAGUGAUUUUUAUUCACCGUUUGGCGGAUGGCUCUGAAACAGUCAUGCUCUUUGUAACUAACAUGCAGCUGAUAGUGUUUAAGUAAUCAUAUCCAUAUCGUGCUGUAAUAUGACACCGUUUAUCACAGUAAUAAUAAUAUCAUCAUCAUCAUAUCGCCCACCCCUAUUUCCGCUGUUUAUGAAGUCCGACUCAGUCACGGCGAUGAGCUGGGUAAUAAAAUGGGAGAGAACUUCAUGAAGGUCCAGGUUUUAAGAAGCCAACAUGUACAUGAAGUAGCACUAUUUCAGUAGUGGGUCAGAAUCAUUAAUAAACCUUAUUACAUUUAUUUUUUUAAAAUGACCUCGUAAGCAUUUUUAAGGCUUUGUUGGAAGGAUUAUUUACCGAGAUCACUUCUGUUUUGUUUUUGUUUUCCUUUCCUCUGAUCCUCUGUGUUCUGAACAUACCAAAAGAAUGAGUUUUUCACUGCUUGCAGUUCUUUUGAGAUUAUUUUGUGAAUGUACUGAACUGACUUGAAACAGUGUACAGAUAACUUUGUGUUGCUCUUAAUCUCUGUAGACGUCUGUAUUUUAUUUUUCUUUUCGUACUUGCAAUUGCCUGAACUGGACUGAACCGAAAGGUCUCUGGUUUGUUGUUGAUGUGGAGACGGGCUGCUGUGUGUUUGGUUCAUCCUCGGCCAGCAGAGGGCGCCAUUGCUUUACUGUGAAGGGCACAGGCGGCGGGGAAGGGAAUGUAAAUACUGUGAAAUAUUGUGAAAAAUCCAAUACUGUACUGUACAAUGACCCUUUUCACUUCUGCUUAAGUGCUGGGGAGAGUAACGUUUUUGUUCAUAAGUAUUUCCAUUAAAAUGCUGUCUAAAUAA